AUGAAGUUCUCCAUCGCUACCAUCGCCGUCCUGGCCACUGCUGUCACCGCUCAACAGGGAUACCAGCAGCCCCAGCAGUACCAGGGCCAACCUCAACAGUACCAGGGUGGCCAGGGUUACCAACAGCCUCAGCAAUACCAAGGAGGCCAGGGCUACCAGCAACCCCAGCAGUAUCAGCAAUACAUUCCCCAGCAGAACAAGUACUCCCCGGCUGAGGCCCAGGCCUUCCACACUUGCAUCGAUCAAAUGCUUGAUCAGUUCAACAUCGAAAACUCGGGUAGCUCGGUUUCUUGCUCUACCUUCAAGUGCCUUGACCAGACCGCCAACCAAUACAGCCGAGGUGGCGUUCUCGCUGGCCUUGGAAAUGUUGUCAGCUUGGCCUGUGGCUUUGGUGGAAUCAUUCCCAAAUUCCUCUAA